UAUGCGCAAGAAUAAGCUAAGAAGAAAAAGUUGAAUAUUGAUUAAAAUUUCUGCAAAAAAAUAUAUAUAUGUAAUUAUAUAUUGUAAAUGUCUUUAAUUUAAGUGAUAUAAAUCAAAUAUUUGUGUAACGUUUAAUAUUUUAAUACGCGUCAAAGUACAACGAGUGAAGCUAAUCGCACACAAAGAAAAACGAGAAGCAAAAGCACCAACUACAAUAAAAAAAAUUAACGCAAAAGCAAAACUUUUCUUGUGUGGCACAACUACUGGAUUGCGAUUGCCCAUGGUCGUCGUGUACUUUGCGAAAAUAAAACAGUAAAUUCUAAAGAAAACAACGUUAAGCAAAACCGAAUCAGAAUCAGUUAAAAGUGUGAUUUUUUUGAGCCUUUGUCUGUAAGUGAGAGGAGAAAGCUUUAAGCGGAAUCCCUUUAAGCAAACAUCCCGUCGCCAUUUUGAAAGUGAUUUUACAUACAUACAAAUAUAAAAAUAUAUACGUACACACACACAUAACCAUUAGAGAAAAUCGUCAACAAAAACAAUUCACAAUUCCCCCUAUAGAAUACCUAUCACAAAAACAAAUUUAAUUGAACUGGCAACAGUGAAAACAAGGCAACUCUUAAAUAUAAAUGCAAAUAAUUUGUAAUAAUCAGUAUAACAAAAGUGGCAAAGAAAAACCCCCCCGUAGCUGCAAAGCAAUCAAUAACUGCGACAAACAUACAGUCGUCUUUUUCACUCUCAUACCGCGUCACCAAAUCAGCGAGUGUGCGAGCGAGCUAGACUGCAGCAACAACAACAAUAUUGGUGUGAAGAGGUUUACAACUCAAAGACCCGGGACCCCGGCUUGGAUGUCAGCUACGACGAUAAGGCAAGAGAAAAAAGCAAGAGUAAGAAAGUUUGGAAAAUUAGCGCUAAGAAGGAUAGCCUAACAAAACAGAGAUAAAUCAACAGACUGAUAAACAAUACAUAAAGUUAAACUAUAUAAAGUAUAUAACUAAAACUGUACAUACAAAACGAGACGCAAACCGAACGCAGCUACAACAGCAAGAAGACGAACAAAAGAGAACUACGUGAGCAGCCGCCCGUUAUCCGCUACUGUGAGAUUGAGCGAUAAGAGUAGGAGAAGAGAGUCCGGUAACAUCGUCACAGUGAAACAAAAUAGACGAGGACAACGGAGACGGAGAGGUGCACAGGCAGCGACGUAGCAGCAGCUUCGCGUUUGAUAUCGAUAAAUAAAAACAAAACAAAAAUAUUGAUUUUAAGUGCGUGUGAUAUUUAACGUUAAGCAUUAAUUUAGCGAAUAACCAAAAACAAAAAAGGCAAAAAAGCAGAAAUUUUAACAAAUAAAUCGAGCGAAGAGAGAGAGAGAUAGAGAGAGAGAGAGAGAGUGCGCUUUGGGUAAAGCUCAGUUUAUAUUGAAGAAACAACAGCAGCAGCAGCAGUGUUGGAAAAGCUUUUGACAGUGAAAACAACGGAAAACAAGAAAUUACUAUGACAUACUCGCACAAUAGUGUUAGAAACAACAUUAAAAUGACAACAGCAUCAGCAGCAAAGUCCAUACGCUUGAAAAAGGGUGCCACAACCCCACCACCAGCAACAACAACAACCACAACAUCAAUAGAAACCGCAACCCCCACGGUAACUGCACAUUCCAACAGUAUUGCCAGCAGUACAAACUUCAACAAUCAGCACUUCCAUCAGCAAGCUUUAAGCACAUCACCCACCCACUGCGCCCCCACCACGCCCAACAAUCGCAUGCAGCAGCAGCAGCAACGUCUGCAGAGCCAAUCCGCUGGCGCCAAUCAGCGUAGCCGCCAACAGCGUCAGUCGCCGCAGCAGACCGUCGGAGGCGGCGGUUUCUUCUUUGCGAAUAACAGCAGGCGCAAUGGCGGCGGCGGCGGUGGUCGCUCGCCACAGUCAGCAGCAGCAACAACAACCAGCAGCUUGGUGCGCCAAUCGCCGGCUACAAUUUUGGGCGGCGGCUUCUCACCGUCUGCGUUUGGCUCGGCACGCAAGCAACGCCGCAGUCCAACAACAACACCUUGCUUUGGUGUGGGCGGCAAAAUAUCGCCACAGCAUCCACUGAUACCCACCGCCUUGACGCAUUUUGCUGGCAGCAAGUGCUUUGACGCACCGGCACCAACGGCACUGCCCAAGCCGCCGCAGCACUGGACGCUGUCGAAGUCCGAGGAGAAAUUGGUGGCCAGCAGUGCUGGUCCCGCCUUGCAGAGCCUGUUGCGCGGCGACAGAUGCAGUGCGUCCAAAUUGAACAUGUCCGGCGGCAGCGGCUAUGUGGUUAAAUCAUCCAAGCGCAAUCUUCUGGAUGAAUUUGAUACGCACAAUCUGAAGCUGUUGCUGAACGUGCAGUCGUAACGCAGAAACAACAUUUACAACAACAAACGCAGCGAAAUGGCAACCACAAUAAACUGAACAUGGAGGACCCAACACGAACCCGUCAAUGACUUGCAAAUAAAAGAGGAAAAAAUGAAAGAAAAAAAAAUUACAAAAAAAUCAAAAAUAUAAAAAUUGUAAAAACUACACUACAAAAAAAAAAAACAAAAAAAAAUACAAAUCAUUUAAACUGAAAAUUUGAACUUUUUUAAACUAAAAAAAAAAAAAAAACAAUAAUAAAAAAAAAAACGAGUAAUGUUUGUGAUCUCAAAUGUAUCAUAAAACAGCAACAAAAUUGAGAAGCUAAAUAGGAAAAAAAAUAAAAUAAAAAAAAAAGAAAACGAAAAAAAAUUGCAAAAUUUAAAAGGAAAGUAAACAAAUGGAAAACAACAACGACAAAAGAUACACAACAAAAAAGAUGCAAAAUUCCCCGUUGGCAACAGCAACAACAACAGCAACACCCAGCAACAAAAUUCAGCUCUUAACUUCAAUAUGCAAACUUUGAAAGGCCAAUCGAUAAUUAAACAAAAAAAAAACAUAAAACCUUAACCUACAAAAAAACAAAGAAACAAACAAAAUAAAAAUGAUUUAUGGAC